AUGGGUGACAUGACAACCAACAUAUCACUUACAAAAUCAAGGUUAUCAGGAUCUGUGAUGUGUAGUGUUCAGAGAAAGUUGAGUCACUUCAAACAAUGCAAAAGAGGUGAGAGUAACAAUCCUAUCCGACACCCUACUUUCUUUAAAACGCCACACAUUCAAUAUUGUGGUGACUAUAAUUUAGAAGCAAACGUAUGUCGUACCUCAGGAUUCGUAUCCAAUAUAAGACCAUCAAUUCGAUACAACGGUAAACUCGAUGAGAAAGACAACCCAGCUUUCAGAAACAUACUGAGAAGUAAUUACCUUUCCACAAACCAUAAAGAUUUUUUGCCGUAUUCCAUGCCAUCUGGGAAAGAAACUUUACCUUACCUUACAAAUCAACUAGCAAACGAGACAAACGUAUCAAAAGUCUUUUCGACAGGAAACUAUUUUUUUGAACAGAAGUUUAAAGAUAUCUUUACUCCAAUACUACCAAAGGGAAAACUUGUACUACCAACAAAAGCAGGUUCUUGUAACAUCGAAGACGAAAACUUCCGUCAUGGCCUUAAUACAUAUUCUAUGACCGACGUAAUCCAUUACAGUCGAAUUAAACCAAGACCGUAUGAUAUGUUCAAAGUUACUGUCGGUCGUAAGGAAGAAUCUGGAUCUACUAGUAGUAUAAGCAACUUUAAUGCAAUCAGCAACCGUUUCAGAUACUCGUUUACAACUGUUCAACCAGGUCGGAAAACUGAUAAAUUAGCAGGCCAAACUGCUUAUAUGAGUGAUUUUAGACCUUUUUGUUAUAAAAAUGGUUCUGAGCUUUUCUCAAAUUGGGUAGGCAACUUAUCGCACCAGGAGCCAACUGAUUAUGUUAUUCAAAAUAAAAUUUGGCCUGAAUACAAAAGUCAUCAUUCAUAUUAUAUAUUUAAGCACUCUGAGGAUUUUCCAGAAGUAUAUUUGGAAAAGUUAAAGACGAAUGAUUCAGCCGAAUAUCAAAGUGCUACUCAUAAAUCCAAAGAACCAAGUUACAUCUUAUAUCACUGA